AUGUAUCCUGGAAUCUUCUUUCCUGGAACUGAUUUUGACUUCAUGAUGCUAUACACAAAAUUUACUGUCAAAGACUUUACUGGUGAGAACAAGGAAACCAUUGAUGAAAAUGAAGCGAUAUGUAGGGCAAAACGAGAGUCCGACUGUGCUUUUAUCAUGGUACCUUCAACUCAUUUAGGAUAUGUAAAGGUUUUUGUGGCAGAAAAAGGCCGUAAACUGCUGCAGGAAAAAGAAUCUGUAUUGAUGAAACAUAUUGACGAGGAAGGAUUUCUGACAAACGAUGCUUUUAAAGAAGGAAUCGUGACAGAUCAAUCUACAGAAAUUAUCUACAGCAGGCUUCCAGAGAUGAAGUACAUUGCAAGUGGACCAGCAAUAUCUAACUACGAACAUGAAGAAAUCGGUUACACAUACGAUUUUGUAAACGCAUUUCCUUGUGAAACAUGGCCGGAAGUUGCUAACAGAUGGAAUAAACGCCCGAGGGACGCUAACUGGCCACACGAGGACUUGCGAAAUGAAAUAAUGAAAGAUGGAUGUGCCAUUGUACCUGUCGGGUUUUAUACAAGUACUGAACAGAAGAGAGAAUGGCGUCUAUCGUUCAACAGCUCCGAGAGAAAACUCUCCCUAUCUCUAAGCGAAAACCAGAAGAUUUGCUACUGCAUAGUAAAGUUAUUGAUUAAAGCAACGCUAUCUCCAGAUGCUGUCUUGACGUCAUACAUGGUAAAGAAUAUGAUGUUUUGGUUUUGUGAGCAGCAGUACGGUGUGGCAGAUUGGGGCGAUGAUCAGCUUGGAGACAGGGUGUUACAGCUGAUUUCCUAUAUCUGUACAGCACUUGAACAUAGCAACAUUCCCCACUAUUUCCUUCCAUACAACAACCUGAUACGUCACAAGCCAAAAGAAGACAUUCAGGUCACCCUGAGAGAAAUGGAAAAACUCAGAACAUCUCCUUUCCAGUCACUGGCAAACGUUUGUAUAAAAAUGCACGUCUUUGAAAUAGGCAAGGACACAAGAAUGUUCUCAACUGGAGGGGAAUUACAGUCCAUGCUUACAUUAUUUACAUGCUCAGUUCAGCUACUAAUUAAACUUGGCUUACUGAAUUAUGACGCCCCAGACUUUGCCAUGAAGUGUUUUGAUACUGUUAUUGAACUUAACACAGCUGUCAAACCAUUUAUCCGACAGAGUUCCAACUUGUUCGCUGCAACAAGAGUUCCACAGCUUUUGAAGCCGUUUGCUGUUCAGUAUAUGCAGAAUGGACAAGUUGAUCAGGCUUUGGCGUUGUUUCAGAUGAGUUUUGAAGCAGAUCGAACUCUUGUAAUCGAACAAUUUCCUGACAUAAUAUCCAACAUUGCUUGUCUGACUGCAACCAAAAUAGAUUUAGUAGGAGACAAAACCAGAAAAGAAGAAUUGUCAUCAAAGGCAAAUGAGUAUUUUAAACAAGCAUUGAAGAAUAUUGCCGAUUCUCCAACUCUGCAUUUUGCUUAUGGAAGCUUUUUGAAAGAAAGAAAAAUAUCAAUCACUCAAGCCAUAGCUCAGUUUGAAAAGGCAAUUUCGAUAGAGAAGAAACGAGAUGACGAUGAUGCUUUGAUUGAAAUCACGUUGCCAGGGAAACAAAAUCCUGGUUCUGAGAUGUCAUACGUUCCUGGAAAGGCUGUCGCGUUUUACAGUCUUAUUGAUAUCCUGGCGGAUAUAGAUGACAUACACAAAGCAAGGAAGAUGGCAGCGUAAUUCGAAGAGUAUAUCUCAAAGCUAGAGAUAAGGCAUAGACAGAAGGCAUUACAUCUGUGCGCAUGCUCGUACAGGAAGUUACGACUACACGUGAAAGCCUCUUUGCUAAUGGAAGACGCGAUGAAAUACAAGUUCAUUUAUCGUACAGUUGGUGGCAAACAGUCCG